GCCAAAGACUUUCGCGAGGGUGGACGCGCCGCGUUUUCUGCCGGACCUCUUUCGCUCUAUCUACACCUAUCUGUCCCCUCCUCUCCUCUCCUCGGCGCCGAUUUACGCCGCGACUGGUCUGGCCGCGCACGUAUGACCCUGCACCGCCACCGCGUGCACUUUCGCGGUCGGCUGCACCACCAUCAACGUCGAUCACGACACCGAUCGCCGUGUGACAGAGAAGUCCCUAACCAUCCGUGACUUACCAUCGUCGCUGAUCCUCGCAGCCUCGUCGUCGCGUGUUACUUCGCGCGUACGUCGCGGCCACAGACAGAGGAUCGGAGGAACGAACGCGACCUCUGACCGGCUACCGGUCGAUCGACGCGACCGCGACCACGACCACGUUCCACCACGACCGAGCGCCGGCACCGGUGUGACGUUCGAAGACCACCGGCUAAGUGCUCCUCGUUUAAGUUGCCUUCGACAGGGUUGACCAAGAGGUCCAAGGACGGGUCAGGAUCCGAACGAUGCUGGCCAGCUGCCUAAUUUUUGUUGGUGCAGCCGCGGUGGUGACAUCCGCGGGUGGUCAUGGAUUCGACGCACAUUUACGCGGCCCAAGCUUCGUGAUCGAGCCACCGUCAAGGGUGGAAUUUUCGAAUUCGAGUGGCGCCUGGCUGGACUGUACCGCGACAGGAAGUCCCCCGCCCAACAUCGAUUGGUCGACCGCGGACGGACAUCCGGUGAACGACGUACCGGGAGUGCGGAGGGUGCUGAGGAACGGCACGUUGGUCCUUUUGCCGUUUCCGGCCGCCGCGUUCCGGCAGGAUGUGCACAGCGCGGCCUACAGAUGCGUGGCGAGCAAUUCCGUCGGUAGAGUGCUCAGCCGUGACGUCCAGGUCAGGGCAGUGGUAGCCCAAGCAUACAAAGUCGACGUGGAGGUGAUCGGAGGUGCAUCGAGGGGCUGCACCGCGGUGUUACGAUGUGUCGUUCCUAGUUUCGUGAAAGAUCUGGUGCGCGUGGUGUCUUGGUUGCAGGAACCAUCGUUCUACAUUUAUCCUUCUCUACAAGGAGAUGGGAAGUUUCACCUUUUACCAACCGGGGAACUUCUGGUCCACAGCCUGGAGUUCAGCGAUCAAAUACACGGCUACAGAUGUCGAACGAUGCAUCGUCUCACUAGACAAGUGGUAGUGAGUUCCGUGGCCAACGUAAGGAUAGCAGAUCACAGAGGGGUAAUGCCGCCGGUGAUUCUUGAAAACUCUGGCGUUGUUCACGUCGCGCAAGAUGAAUCAACGUCGUUAGUCUGCGUAGCACAGGCCUGCCCUACUCCUGAAUAUCGAUGGUACGCACAAACCGGUUCCGAGCCAAUGCUGGUACUCUCUGGACCAAGGACCAGAUUGCUCGGGUCUGUUCUGGCCCUCGAAGCUGUGACGUUAGAAGAUAGCGGUAUUUAUCGUUGUUCUGCGUCCAAUCCUGGUGGCGAAGCUAGCGCAGAAAUUCGGCUCAUCGUGACAGCCCCGCUACACAUCGAAGUGACUCCGCCGUUGUUAAGCGUCCAUUUAGGAGGUAAUGCCGAAUUUAGAUGCGAGGUCAGCACGCAUCCACAAGCUGGACCACACUUUGUUACCUGGUACAAGGAUGGUCGGCAGCUGCCAGGCUCCGGCAGACAAUCAGAAUUAUUGAGGCUGAACGGUAUCAGCAGAGAAGAUCGUGGAAUGUAUCAGUGUAUCGUCAGACGAGCGGAGGGUGACACUGCACAGGCCUCUGCGGAACUACAAUUGGGCGACGCACCACCGAUGCUGCUCUAUUCGUUUAUCGAACAAACGUUGCAACCGGGCCCGGCUGUAUCCUUGAAGUGCUCCGCUGCUGGGAAUCCAACACCGCAGGUCUCCUGGGCCUUGGACGGCUUUCCUCUGCCAACCAACGGAAGGUUCGUUAUCGGUCAAUACGUGACAGUUCACGGCGAUGUUAUAUCGCACGUCAAUAUCAGUCAUGUGAUGGUGGAGGAUGGAGGAGAAUAUUCUUGCACAGCUGAAAAUCGAGCAGGGAAAGUCACUCACGCUGCACGCCUCAACGUUUACGGUCUUCCAUACAUUCGACUAAUUCCAAAGGUAACUGCCGUCGCCGGCGAAACUCUUCGUUUGAAGUGUCCAGUGGCUGGCUACCCGAUCGAGGAAAUCAAGUGGGAGCGGGCAAAUCGCGAAUUACCAGACGAUCUCCGGCAGAAAGUGCUUAAGGACGGUACUUUGGUCAUCACGAGCGUACAGAAGAAGGGCGACGCAGGGGUGUACACGUGUUCAGCAAGGAACAAACAAGGACACAACGCGAGAAGAUCGGGAGACGUCGCAGUGAUCGUUCCUCCCAAAAUUAGCCCAUUCACGGCAGAUCGUGAUCUUCAUCUCGGCGAAAGAACUACGUUGACUUGCUCGGUGACAAGAGGCGAUCUGCCGCUCUCGAUCUCCUGGCUCAAGGACGGACGAUCUAUGGGACCGUCGGAGCGAGUCAGUGUCACCAAUAUGGACCAGUACAAUAGCAUACUGAUGAUUGAAAGUUUAUCUCCAGAUCACAACGGCAACUACUCGUGCGUGGCCCGUAAUCUGGCCGCAGAGGUAUCACACACGCAGCGGCUUGUGGUUCAUGUACCUCCGCGAUGGAUCGUGGAACCAGCGGACGUGAGCGUCGAAAGAAACAAGCACGUCGCUUUGCACUGCCAAGCGCAGGGCGUGCCUACACCUACUAUCGUUUGGAAAAAGGCCACGGGAAGCAAAUCCGGUGAAUACGAGGAGUUGCGGGAAAGAGCGUACACGAAAAUCCUCAGUAAUGGUACGCUGCUAUUGCAACACGUGAAAGAAGACAGAGAAGGAUUUUACCUCUGUCAAGCGAGCAAUGGCAUUGGGAGUGGUAUCGGCAAAGUAGUUCAGCUAAAAGUAAACUCUUCUCCAUAUUUCGCGGCACCAUCGAGGCUCGUCACCGUGAAGAAGGGUGACACAGCAACUUUGCAUUGCGAGGUACACGGCGACACACCGGUCACCGUCACCUGGUUGAAAGGAGGAAAAAUUGAGUUAAAUCCCUCGACGAACUAUCGAGUUACGGUGAAACGAGAGGUAACACCGGAUGGUGUGAUUGCACAAUUACAAAUUUCUUCGGCGGAAGCUUCAGACAGUGGGGCGUACUUUUGUCAAGCAAGCAAUCUGUAUGGUCGUGAUCAACAGUUAGUGCAACUCCUCGUACAAGAGCCACCACAGCCGCCAAGUUCUUUAGAAACUGCCAUGGUUGCCAGCCGAAGCAUUAACGUUAAAUGGCAACAUAAAUCACAAGACACCAGUGAAGUGACCAAAUAUAUUCUUCAAUAUAAAGAAGGCGAUGCUGGAAUAUGGCAACAACAAGAAUUCACCGGGCCGCCUCUUUCAUAUGCAGCUCUAAUAGACGAAUUAAAACCGGCAACUAGAUACACUAUACGCGUAAUAGCCGAAGGACCAGCGGGUAGAUCAGUGCCCUCGGCAGAACUGAUCGUCAGAACCGAGCCACAAAGACCGGCUGGACCCCCGAUUAAUCUUGAAGCUAGGGCUCUGUCCUCCUCUGAAAUUUUAAUUACUUGGUCGCCACCACUGCCUGAACUCCGACACGGUGACAUUCAGGGAUUCAAUGUUGGCUACAGGGAAACAAGCUCGGCGAAUCCCUCGUAUAACUUCAGCUCUGUGUCCGGAGACGGGGAAGAAGGGGGUGCAGAACUUCGGCUAACAGGCCUUCGACCCUAUACAAAGUACACUUUAGUGGUUCAAGCGUAUAAUCAAGUUGGAUCUGGACCACUUUCCGAACCUUUGUUCACACAGACAAUGGAAGAUGUGCCCAGUAUGCCACCCGAAGAUGUAAGAUGCGCUGCGUUAACUUCACAAUCACUUCAAGUAUCUUGGCAGCCACCACCUAAUACGCACAGCAAUGGUAUUAUUCAGGGAUACAAGUUACAUUAUGAACCUAUCCUGGCGGAUAUGUGGCGCAGUGUCGAUGAAAUGGAAGUUCGUAAGACUAACGUUUUAACCAUUAUUCUUACGGGUCUGAGGAAAUAUACAAAUUAUACCAUUCAAGUAUUAGCUUUUACAAGAGUUGGAGAUGGAGUACCUACAACAGUAACUUACUGUCAAACGGAAGAGGAUGUGCCUGGCAGUCCAGCAGACAUAAAAGUGGUGGUAAGCUCACCGCAGGCACUUUUUAUUUCUUGGCUCCCACCCUUAGAACCAAAUGGAAUUAUUACAAAAUAUAAUCUGUAUACGAGGGUCGUAGAUGGCCGAGAGGAACUUAAUCACGGUAAAAGAACACUGCCGGCAACAAGCACUUAUUUCGAAGCGACUGAUUUGCAACAACACGUAGAAUAUCAAUUUUGGGUGACUGGUAGCACCCGUGUAGGCGAAGGUCAAAGUUCCAGAGUAGCCGCACAGGUUCCAACAAAUCGUGUACCAGCGAGGAUUACGUCUUUCGGAGGCCACGUAGUACGACCAUGGAGAGGAUCUGCUACGUUGGCUUGCAACGCAGUUGGCGACCCUACUAGAGAGUGGUAUAAAGGACAAGCCGAACAAAUUCGUACUGACACAACCAGAAACAUACAAAUUUUACCGUCUGGAGAACUCGUGCUGUCGAAUUUACAAUCACAAGAUGGUGGAAAUUAUACUUGUCAGGUUGAGAACGCUCAAGGCAGCGAUAAGUUACAUUAUACUUUGACUGCACAGGUACCACCUAGUGCACCUGUUCUGUACGUAACGAGUUCCACAUCAAGCAGUAUUUUGUUGCACUGGAAACCUGGACACAAUGGUGGUGCUUCACUCACAGGCUACACGUUACAUUAUCGAACGACACAUGGAAAUUUAGACGAGUUGCAACUAUCUCGUCAUGCCACAAGUCACGAAUUAAAGGGUCUCCUAUGUGGUAACACAUAUCAACUAUAUUUGACAUCUCACAACAAAAUUGGGAGCAGUCCAUCCUCACCAGUCCUCUCAGUUCGAACACAGGGACAGGCACCAGGAAUACCACCAGCUGCAGCUUUUCUCAGUCCAAAUUCGACCACAUUAGUCCUUCGACUUCACGUGUGGCCAGAUAAUGGCUGUCCGAUUCUUUUCUUCGUGAUUCAAUACAGACCCAUAAAUGAAUUUCAUUGGACAUUAGUCUCAAACAGCGUAAAAAUGCAACGAAGAUUUGUCGUGACAAAUUUACAACCGAGUUCGGUUUACCAGCUGAAAGUUGAAGCCCACAAUGUAGCUGGUAACAAUCAAGCGGAGUUCACUUUUGUAACAUUGACAAAGGAAGGCGAACCGCCUCCUCCAGAACUGUCGAAACGUGGAAUCGCUUCGGCCGUACCAUUCUACGCUGAUGUGAAAGUGAUGCUGCCUCUGAUCGUGGCCACUGUUGCCUUAGUUGUCGCUGUGGUCAUCGUAGGUCUUCGCUGGCGAAGCAGAUAUCUCGGAGACAGAAUGCAGCGUCCUAUGAAAGAGACCCAAGAGAAUCAACAGAAUGCCGAAACCCAAAGAGAACGUUACUACGCGACGAUUCACAAGGUGGCUUUACAACAAGCGGCGAAUACGGGUGGAGGGCCCGACAAGAUUCCAGAGACAGCGGAGGACAUCUCGCCGUACGCUACGUUCCAGCUUUCGGAGGGUGGCGGGGGAAGCCUGGCAGGGUUGGGAGGGUUGGGAGGACUGGGAGGCGCGGCGGAAGCUUCAGCAGCCGGCCUCCACCCGAACAACACUCUGCUACACAGUUUCAUGUAUCACGAGCACGCCAUGACCGAAGGGUGCGCAAGCCCUCCACCUGCCGCGACAAGCAUGAAGAGCGUUUCUUCGAGGAGACGACAGCAGAGAAAGCAACAAACUCCGGGCGAUGUCGAGACCGACGAGAGCGAGUCUGACCCGGAUCAGUUGACGAGCUCUCGCACAGAGUCUUCCAACCAACUGGACGCGGGAAAACUCAAACAUAUUCGGGCCGUUUCCGAUUUUAUUUAUCACGGUACGUCGAGCACUUCUUCGGACAUCUCGCCCAUGUCAGAGCAGAAGUCACUUCCUCGAAGAGGACGAUCUAGAUGGCAUGUUCCCAGCAGGAGCUCUCUACGCACAUUAUUACCGCCGAUAUCGGUCGCGGAGACCACAUUCGUCGGAGGCAAUCAGGGAAACGUAGUGCCAGGGAAUGGCGACCGUUCCGACAGGCCAGAGCUCAGCGAAGCUGAGUGCGAUAUCGACUCCUUGAAGAAGCUGAAACUCGGUCUGAGGAGCUCCCUAUGGUCAAGGCCGAGUACCCAAAAUAAUCCUUCCUCUGAUUACUCUAUCGCCGUUUAA